UGGCCUCUAGAAUGGCUGGAAAGGCUGUGGGCAAUCAUAAUGUUUUAAUUCCGUUAAAAUAACGCUGGUUUGUUGGCAUGCAGAGUCGGGGACGGACGGGAUGUCAUCACCGAUCAUGAAUUGUUUCUUCACUUCUAGUCUUUGUGAUCUCUGAAACACGUUAAUCACCGGCCCUCCAUGUCAGAAGGAUCCCGGGCUCCGUGGUCGAAGCGGGGUUGUGUGGAGUCGCAUCGCCGAGAACAGGGGAAACAUAAGCAAAGGAAAUGUGAGCGUCCUCUCAGCACUCUGACAGCGAAGCCGCCGACCGGCCAGGACGCCUCCAAAAGAUAAUUGCAUUAUGAAUGAAAAAAAAAGCCAAUGUUAACCAUAUACGAGGGUGAAUCCCUCAGAAAAGAGGUUUUGUUCCUACGGACACAAAGGGUCACUGUCCUCUGAUUGGCUCGGACACCCCCAAGUGACAUGCCCGUGGCCAAUCAGAGGUGCUUAAUGGCUGGGGACGUUGAGGUGUACCUGUCACAGGUGCAUGAUGGGAGCGUGUCCUCUGGCUUUCGAGCCUUGUACGAGGAACGCCUCCUACUGGAUGUGACCCUUCUGAUAGAAGAGCAUCACUUCCAGGCCCACAAAGCCCUGUUGGCGACACAGAGCGACUACUUCCGGGUCAUGUUCACGGCGGAUAUGCGUGAGCGAGACCAGGACAAGAUCCACAUGAAGGGGCUGACGGCGGCGGGCUUCGGCCACGUCCUUCGCUUCAUGUAUUACGGCUCGUUGGAACUCAGCAUGCCCACGGUGCAGGAGAUUCUCCAGGCGGCUAUGUACGUGCAGCUCACUGAGGCAGUGGAGUUCUGCUGUUCUUUCUUGUUGGCCAAAAUCUGCCUGGAAAACUGCGCCGAGGUCAUGAGGCUGCUGGACGACUUCAGUGUGGCUGUGGAGGGAGUGCAGGAGCGGCUGGACACCUUCCUGCUGGAGAACUUUGUGCCUCUGAUGGCCAGGCCUGAUUUCUUGUCCUACCUGAGCCUGGAGAAGCUGGUGGUGUGUCUGGGCAGUGAACGGCUGAGUCGGUUCCCGGAGAUCGAGCUGUAUGAGGCAGUGCAGGCCUGGCUCAGACAUGACCGACGUCGCUGGAGACACACGGACGCAGUGGUGCAGAACCUGCGCUUUGGUCUCAUGACGCCAACACAAGUGUUUGAAAAGGUGAAGACCUCCGAAUUCUAUCGUUACUCCCGUCAGCUGAGGCAGGAAGUGGACCAGGCACUCAACUACUUUCACUCUGUGAACGAACAGCCUCUGUCUGAAACAAAGUCCAACCGCAUCCGAUCCGUUCGGCCUCAGACGGCCGUGUUCAGAGGGAUGAUCGGUCACAGCAUGGUGAACAGCAAGAUCCUGCUCCUGCAUCGGCCCAAGGUUUGGUGGGAGUUGGAAGGUCCGCAAGUUCCACUUCGGCCUGAUUGUUUGGCCAUCGUCAAUAACUUUGCUUUCCUGUUGGGAGGCGAGGAGUUGGGGCCGGAUGGAGAGUUUCACGCAUCAUCCAAAGUUUACCGGUAUGAUCCGAGGCAGAAUUCCUGGCUUAGGAUGGCAGACAUGUCAGUCCCUAGGUCAGAAUUUGCCGUCGGUGUGAUCGGAAAGUUCAUCUACGCUGUGGCCGGACGGACGCGGGACGAGACCUUUUAUUCGACAGAGCGCUAUGACAUUGCAGAGGAUAAGUGGGAGUUUGUGGAUCCGUACCCAGUUAACAAAUACGGCCACGAGGGCACGGUUUUAAAUGGAAAACUCUACAUCACCGGCGGCAUCACGUCAUCCUCCACCUCCAAACAGGUGUGCGUGUUCGAUCCCGAGCGUGAGGGAGCUUCUGAACACCGCACGCGCCGCAAUCCCAUUCUUACCAACUGCUGGGAGAACAAAUCUAAGAUGAACUAUGCACGCUGUUUCCAUAAGAUGAUCUCUCACAACGGGAAACUUUAUGUGUUCGGAGGAGUUUGUGUAAUCCUGAGGGCAUCGUUCGAAUCGCAAGGCUGCCCCUCAACAGAAGUGUACAACCCCGAAACUGACGAAUGGACCAUCCUCGCUUCCAUGCCCAUUGGGCGAAGUGGGCAUGGCGUGGCGGUGCUAGACAAACAGAUCAUGGUGCUGGGUGGAUUGUGCUACAACGGCCAUUACAGCGACUCUAUACUCACUUUUGAUCCUGAGGAGAACAAGUGGAAGGAGGAUGAGUAUCCCAGAAUGCCUUGCAAACUGGAUGGCUUACAGGUGUGCAGCCUACAUUUUCCUGAGUAUGUCCUGGAACACAUGAAGCGCUGCAGUUGAGGGUCUCCGAGAAGACUGAGGGGGUGGAAAAAAAGACAACAAAAAAAACAAGGGAAAAAAAAAACAAAAGUUUACAAAUGUGAAAGUAGUCUUCAUAUACUGAUUACACUUUUAAACAGUAGGCCAGUGCUUAUUUAAGAACAAAAAGCUCCAUCAUUUUUAGGUAGGGGUCGGGAUGUCGGGGCGGAUUGGUUAAUAAUGCUGGUUAAGCUGUUUAAGCUUCCCCACCCCCACCC